GACCGCUUCUUAGUCCAGGAUUUCUCAAUUUUUUAUGACUUAAAUCCGAGUGCUUCACAUUUGCUCGGUUUCCAAUCCGCUUUGGCAAGCAAAAACCAGGAAUCAUAUCAUGGCCGUGUCUCCAGAGGACACGGCAGGCUCCAACCCUCCCAUUGCGAGCAGCUCCGAGCCUACAGCAAAUGUGAUUACUGUCGAUCCCGUUGUUGAAAAUGAGGAUACAACAGAUGCUGAGAUUAAGAGUAUUCAUACGUCUUCUACCGCCUCUUUGAGCGAAAGCAUCACCGAGUAUCGACCGAAUGACGAAAGACAGAAUGAAGGACUUGACAUUGCUCAUUACUGGGAGAAACUCCUCCUAAAUGACAGGUUGUUUCUUGCGCCUAUAGGUGAAACCCCCCAGAACGUUCUCGAUGUUGGCACCGGAACCGGUAUCUGGGCUAUAGACUUCGCGGAUAUGUACCCUUCCGCCGAAGUGAUAGGAGUUGAUAUCUCACCGAUUCAGCCAGGUUGGGUCCCACCUAAUUGCAAGUUCCAGAUCGAUGAUAUCGAGCAGCCAUGGACCUGGCCUGUCAGCUACUUCGACUUCGUGCACAUCAGUCACCUCGAGGGUAGUGUGGCAGACUGGCCGAAACAUUACGGCCAGGCUUUUGCCCACAUCAAGUCAGGCGGAUUGAUUGAGGUCAAGGAAAUAGACGUUGAAUUGUGUUCUCAAGUGCUUGCUGAACUGAACGAAGAUCACGUCUACAAGAGAUGGGGUAAAGUGAUGCUGGAGGCCAUGGACCGGCUGGGAAAGACAGGAACCCAAAGCCGCAACCAUGGUAUCGCCAGAGGUCUGGAAGCCGCCGGCUUUGUCGACGUCGUCGAGCAGCAGUGGGCUGCGCCUAUCGGUGCUUGGCCGAAAGAUCCGACUCUCAAAGAAGUGGGUAAGUGUCAUCUCCAGUAUCUUGAUCAAUCGCUUGAAGGCUUUGGUACAUUUCUUCUGAAAGAGGUAAUGGGAUGGGGAUACGCUGAGAUCGUGGUGUUCAUGAGCGAGAUGCGGAAGGCCAUCAGGGACCUAAAGCUUCAAUCCUACAUCAAGCUGCAUGUUGUCAUGCGAAGAAGCCAUAGGUCCUUACGAGUCAACUUUGCGGCUGUGAGGGAGCAAGGUGGUUGGAAUUAGUUGUCGCCCAACAAUACACGCAUACAAACACACAAUCUUUUCGAGGUCUCUUUAGCUCUGUCGGUUCCUAAUGUGUUAGGAAGAUGGGACCGGCAAAUGUGUCUGGGUAAGUAGGGAAGUGAUAGACUGCCGAACUGAACUCGAGAAACGGCGAGGGUCUUUCCAGAAUCAAGUCAGUCUCGUUAGAACUGAGGACCAAAAGUUAUAGAACCACCAUCCAAACCAUUCAGUGUCGAUAGUUAUUCGACGAAAACGGAGACCGCAUUCCACCAAGGCAGGAAGGAACAAAUGUUAAAUUGGGCCUGUGCAGGCAACACAGAAUCAGUGACAACCAGCAAGAUGAAGCAGG